AUGAUUUUGAACAUAUACCUGGAGAUCGUCUCAGAUCAUCCCUUCUUCCUUUAUUUUUUCAACGGCAUGGUACGCUCAAGAGUCGAAUCCCUCGCAUUGGCAUUGGCCUAUCUAAUAUUCUUCCCAAGGGUCGCUGAGGCAAGAGUAGAUCCUGCAGUCCUGCGUCGAAGCUGCAGAUGGCCACAGAGCGUUGGCUUGCAAAGCCAGGAGUCCGAGACACUCAAAACGCGAAAGCUCGUAUUUGAGUCGCUUGCAAUAGGGCAAAUUCAAGCCCAGGAUAUGCCCAUCACUGCCAUUGUAUCCCCCUCGGACGAUGAAGAAUAUUAUGACCCUACCAAAACUGUGCUCACAGACGAUGAUCCCAAAGUCAUGCUCACAAACGACGAUCUUCAUCUCCACAACUCUCUCACCAUGACUGAGGCCGUGCUCACAGACGACAAUCUACCUAACAUCCACAAUUCCCCGAUACUGCAAACCAUUGAUGAAGAACUGUAUAAUGAUUUUUCAUUCGACGGCGACGACUCUGUGCUCAUGAUGGACAAUGACAUACCUUGUUCCUGUGACUCUCCGUCACUACAAUCGAUUGAGAUCCUGGUUGGGAGAUGGCAAAAGAGUGUUGGUAAAUGGCCGAAGGAGUGGCCAUCCGAAGAUAUGUGGAAUGAGGCAUUCAACAAAGUGCUUGCUCGCGCUCAGGCCAAGGGGAAGCAUGCCCUAUUCCUGGAGCAGUGUGCAGAGCAUGCUUCAGAGGGGAGGUCGCUACUGGACACCAUCAAGGACACUGUGCACACCCACUGCCCAUGUUGCAAGGAGCGUCUUAAGUACGAUAUAAUUUUACUGUACGAUUUACUGGUUGGCAUCAUCUCGGAGGUGGAAUUUUUUGAAGUGAAACUACUGGUAGACACAGACUGUGACUAG